AUGGCUACCCCUAUUGUCCUUACUUUUGAUGCUGAGGGCCGUGCCGUUGACUUUGAGGUCUGGGUCGAUGACCUCCAGCUGUUUCUCCAGUGCGAUAGGGCAGACGGUCUCUCCCUCUUUGACCUCACCUCUUGUGCCUCUCCUGCCCCUGCUGCUGAUGCUGACGCCACUGUUCGCUCACAGUGGGCCACACGGGAUGCUGCUGCUCACCUUGCUGUGCGUCGCCACUUACCGACCACUGAGCGUGCACACUUAAGCCAGUACAAGAGUGCUCAGACCUUGUACGACGUUGUUGUUGCACGCUACUCCUCCCCUGCCACUGCUGCACUGAGCCGCCUCAUGCUACCGUACCUCUUCCCUGACCUUGCUGCCUUUCCCACAGUCGCUGACCUCAUUACGCACCUCCGCAUUAGUGACACUCGCUACCGCGCUGCUCUUCCUGCUGAGGACCACUUCCUCUCAAUUUGCCCCACCACUCUCACCGUUGACCUCCUCGAGAAGGCCCUCCUAGCAGCACAGAAGAGCAUAGUCGCUGUAGGAGCCUCUCGUGGUGACCCUCGGACCCCCAUCUUUGAGGGGUGUUCCCCCUCCCCCCUUUUGCCCUCUGUUGCCUCUGCUGCUGCGGCCGACCUCGUUGGUUUCGAGUCCGUCGGCGCUGCGUCUGCCCCGAGCGGAAGACGCCGCCCUGGCAAGGGCAAGGGGGGCAAGGGCGCUGGAGGGGCUGGCCGGGGUGGCGGAGGUGGCGGUGGAGGCAGUGGAGGGGGUGGGGGUGGUGGUGGGAGUGGUGGCGGGGGUGGAGGUGUACGUGGCGGCAGUGGAGGCGGAGGCGGAGGCGGCGGUGGCGGUGGGAGCGGAGGUGGCGGAGGUGGCGGCAGUGGAGGAGGCGGCGGCGGAGGAGGUGGAGCUGGUCGGGGUGGCGCUGCGCAGAGGGUCGGCUCUUGUGGUGGUCAGCGCCAGCAGCACCAGCAGCAGCUGCGGACAUAA